AAGUGAUUGAAGCCAGAUUUGAAUCAAGGAUCUCCCAUCUCUUGGCCUGGCUCUUUAUUCAUUGAGUCACCUAGCCAUCCCUAGAAAAAUAUGUUAAUAGUAAACAUUCAAAGGGAUGGGAAUCCAGUCCAGUUCUGGACCUUUCAUGCUAUUAUUGACUGGGAGCAAGGCACAGUGAAUGUCCCUCAGAGGACCAGAAAAAAAUGGUCCAUUUUAGCAAUCUGUUGUCUAAUCAUGUUGGGUCUCCAAGGAUUUGCAGCCACUGGUACCAUUUUGAAAAGGGAGAAGUCCCUCAGAGUGGAGGGUAAAGCUUUCCUCUCUUGAAUACAAUCCUUCUUUGCUGGGCAUAGUAACAAAACUGAAUGUCUGCACAUUGGUGUUUCACUGGAGAAAGGAAAACCCUAAAUGCUGGUCAAUGGCACUGAGCUGGAGAAGCUUCCAUCUUCCUCUUCCUUCAUCUUUUUUCUCCUUCCUUUUUCUAUCUCCUUGUAAGACUCUUUCCCAAACCUGUAUUUCUGAGGUUUGCCUCUACUUUGUGCAGUUCCAAGGCCUCCUAUGAUCAGUCUCAUAUCUCAAAUUCUGGGGGGAUCAUGGUGGCUUCUUACACUUGUGGCAAGACAAAAUCAAGACUGCUUUCCUUUUGACCUUUGAUGGUUCAUCAGUAUAAUUGCCCUGCUCAUUGCCAGUGAGCAUGACCAGGCCAUGCCUAUGAAUAUCAGGAUUCCCGACAGCAGUUUGCACAAACUCUGAUGGCCUGGAGGGUGGCCAUGCAGUAAGACUGCCAGCAGAGAAGAGCUAUGAGGCAAAAGUGAGAGAUAAUGGGAGAGUGCCUGGCAUCGAAUCACCGACUGAUGGGAAAGGCUGACAAAUGACCGUAAGCCUUAAAAGAGCAGCUCAAUUUAAGACAAGAGUGGUCUGCCAGGGCCAGCUUUUAAACAGCCAGCACUUAAAACAUGACUUCAUUGAGAGCAAAAUGAAUUCACCCCUGGUGAGCCAAGAGGGCAUCUGUUGGGUCAGUCCAAGAAGUCAAAAUGAAUGAAGAACAGAAAGUUGACUGGUUGCAGCCAGAAGGCACAAAAUUAUUGAUCUUGGUUGCAGGACCAGAAAUCCUCUUUCAUUUCCACUUGGGUCGCUGAGUCUGUUAAGAAGGGUGGAAAUCUGGAAGGACUGGUGGAUCAUAAUGGCUGACAUUCGUAAUGGCACUUGGGAGCAUUUUACAAACAGUAAAUGAGAAAAGGGAGCCUCAGAGAAGCUCAAUGGAUGCUCUUGGUCCCAAGGGCAUGAGGCAUGAUUCAGGUCAAGUCAAACAGCAUUGAUUAAGCGCUAAUUGUGUGCUGUGCACCCAGAGGAGACCUGAAUACAGACCUUGUUGUCUCCCGGUCAAUUAUACCACAACGACAGCUGAUGUGGGACAGAUAGAAUGUCAGAGAUGAAAGGGUUGGUCCCUCAGGGGCUACAGUUGGCCAGUCAGACACAGUGGAAAGAGCUGGAGAGAGUGCUGGGCUUGGGAUCAAGAAAAGCCAAGGCUUAAUUCUGCUUCAGCCACUUGCUUUGUGAUCUCAGGCAAAUCCUCUCUGCCUCUGUUUUCUCAUCUGUAAAAUGGGGAUCAUGAGAGCACCUACUCUGUAGUGAGGGUAGAAUGCGAAGAAGACACUGGUAAAGCCCCUCAGACCCCAUAUAAAUUAUAUUCCUAUUCUAGGGCCAUUGCUGGAGGGGAUCUCUGAGGUCACCCAGGCCAGCCCUUUCUUCAAGGUCACGUGGGGAGUAGGCCAGGGAGCUGGGUCCUUUGACUUCCUGUAAGAACUUUGAGGCCCGGGGAGACGCCUUGACGAGAGUAGUGAAUGUGCAGCCCGGCUGGUCGCUGACCGAAGGCAGGGGCUCUCUAAGCCCGCUCUUGUUUUCAACCUUUUCCUUCUGUCUCAGAAUCAAUAAGAUGUAUUGAUUCCAAGGCAGAAUGGCAGCAACAGCAUGGCCAUGGGGGUCAAGUGACUUGUUAAAGAUCACUCAGCCAGGUAGUCUGAGGUCAAAGCCCGCCCCUCUUCACUCUGGUACUUCCUCCUGGUAAUCGUCUCCGGUGGGCGCCGGCCCUGAACUAUGUGCGCAUGCGCACUGCUGGUCCUGCCCGCUUCUCUCCCACCGAAUUGCAAUCUCAGUGCUUGGGAGGCGCUUUUUAAAUGCUUUUGAUUUAAGCAUUAAAACGAUAGACGUUAAUUAAAUCAAUUAACCAUUAAACAAAUAAUCGACUGAAAAAUUAGUAGUUUGGCAGAGAGGGGCACUGAGGCUCUGACACAUAACUUCGGCGCAGGUUCGGAUUCGGCCUUUACCUCUACUGGCGCUAUGACGCAGGCCCACCCGGAUUCCUCCUCCUUCCCCAUUCCCGAAGCCUGGGUUCACGUGAGAGGUUUCAUCACGUGACCGAGUUCCGACCGGCACGCGAAGUCAUGUGACAGUAGGCAGCUGUAGGAGAGCGAUGGAGGACGAUGUGAAUCGCGCUCUGCUGGAAGCAGAGCCGGAGCUCUCGGCCCCCGGGCCUGGAGCCGGGGCCGGACCCGAAGCCGAGGCUGAGGCCGGGGCCAGGGUCGUCCCCCAGCUCGCGAUCUGCGACCCAGCCCACCUGGCGCAUCGGCUGCUGGCGCUGGUAUUCAUGUGCUUCCUGGGCUUCGGCAGCUAUUUUUGCUAUGAUAAUCCAGCAGCCCUCCAGAUCCAGAUUCAAAAUGACAUGCACCUGAGCACUGCACAAUUCAUGCUUCUGUAUUCUUGGUACUCUUGGCCCAAUGUGAUUCUGUGUUUCUUUGGUGGCUUUUUAAUAGAUCGGGUAUUUGGAAUCCGGUGGGGCUCCAUUAUAUUUAGCUUCAUUAUUUGUAUUGGACAGGUUGUUUUUGCCUUGGGUGCAAUACUUAAUGCCUUUUGGCUGAUGCAGUUGGGCAGAUUUAUAUUUGGGAUUGGUGGGGAGUCCCUAGCAGUUGCACAAAAUACCUAUGCUGUGAGUUGGUUUAAGGGCAAGGAAUUAAACCUGGUAUUUGGACUCCAGCUUAGCAUGGCUAGAAUUGGGAGUACCGUCAACCUGAACGUCAUGGGAUGGCUGUACCACAGGAUAGCCACUCUGAUUGGCUCCCCGGGCCACACGACCCUUGGGGUCACCCUGAUGAUAGGGGGUGUAACCUGUGUCUUUUCACUAUUAUGUGGCUUGAUUCUGGCAUUCAUGGACUGGAGAGCAGAGAAAAUCCUUCAUAAAGAAGAAGGAAAAACUGGUGAAGUUAUCAAAAUAAGAGACAUGAAGGACUUCUCAUUGUCCCUGUGGAUUAUAUUUUUAAUUUGUGUAUGGUAUUAUGUGGCCAUAUUUCCUUUUAUUGGACUUGGCAAGCUCUUCUUUAUAGAGAAAUAUAAAUUGUCCCCACGCACCGCAAGUGCAAUCAACAGCAUUGUGUACGUCAUCUCGGCUCCCAUGUCUCCCGCCUUCGGGUUUCUGGUGGACAAGACGGGCAGGAACAUCUUGUGGGUUCUCUUUGCGGUGGUGGCCACGCUGGCUUCCCACGCCAUGCUGGCCUUCACCUUCUGGAAUCCGUGGAUCGCCAUGUGUCUGCUCGGCGUCUCCUACUCGCUUCUGGCCUGCGCACUGUGGCCGAUGGUGGCGUUUAUCAUUCCCGAACACCAGCUGGGGACGGCGUACGGCUUCAUGCAGUCCAUCCAGAACCUGGGCCUGGCCAUUAUGGCCAUCGUUGCCGGUGAAAUCUUGGAUCACUGGGGCUAUUUGUACCUGGAGAUAUUCUUCAUCGCCUGCGUUUCUGUGUCCCUCCUGUCCGUGGUUCUGCUGUAUUUGGUGGACUGCUCUCGAGGAGGAACCCUGAACUGUUCUGUCAAGCAGAGGGCGGAUCUGUCCAAGUCGACGCAUGCCGAGUAAGUGCCGGGGCGCGAGGGGCAGUGGGGGGCGGGCCUGCGGCGGCUGCUUCCCCCUUCGGGCCGACUCCCCGAAGACCCUCCUUCCCGUGGACGGACAUCCCGUUGUUACGGCGAGCCCCGAGCCUGGAGCUUUCCUGGGGAGCAGCUGACCAAGCCCAGAGCCUCUGACCCCACGUGUGGACGUCAGGCGCGCCCCGUGGCGUGGCUCUGAGCUGCAGGAAGGGAGGGAAGCUCCGGUGUGCCCGCGGGUGCUGGCUCCGAGCGCCCUCGCUGCCGAGGCGGCCUCCGCCGGGCUCAGCCGUACGUUCUCUUGGAAAAUGGCCCUCGAAGACGCGCGCACAAGCCGAGCUUUGAUCCGAGGCCCCGUCGUGAGAGCGGCCUCGGGAGCCCCGAAGUCGUCGUCGGCCGCCAUUCUCGCUGCUCUGGAACUUCUCUGGAUGGACCUGGAUGGCGGGGCCGAGGAGGGCUCGAGACCCUCAGAGGCCAUUGGAGUGACUUCAGGGCAGUUACGAGGAAAGGCCAUUCCGGAAGGCCUCUUUCCCCGGCUCUGCCUCAGAGGCGUCUCGUGGCACGUGAUGCUCCGUCGAGCCGCCCGCCUGUCUGUCCUGCUGUCCCGCUCUUAGCUCGGCCUCUGUCCCCCGCAAUGAUCCAGCAUCCCUUUUAAGAAGGCCCAGCUCUGCCUCCUGGCUGCCGGCCCUCGCCUCCGCGGCCUGGAUUGAGCCCCUUUCCCGGGGGGUCCGGAGGGCCUGCGACGUCUGGCCGACGUCCCGGGGCUCUCUGGCAGGGAGCUUGCUCUGAUGGGGAGGCUCAAGUCUCCUGCGUUUGGGCCCUGGUCUGGGAGGGGGACCGAGACCUGCCAUCAUUCAUUUCGUCUUCUGCCCUGUCCAACCCCCGCCUUCUUCCGAAGGAGAGGAAAGGCUCGGCCCAGACAGCUCGCUGUUCAGGGACCUUCUUUUUUUUUUAAUUUUAAAAAUUUCAUAUUUUAUUUCUUGAAAGAAGGCUUUUUUUUUACCAAAACAUGAGAACACAGGGAUCCCUACAAAAUAGCUCAAUUACAUGCUUAUGUAGUUUAUAGAAAUUAUUCACAGCAUUUAUAUGAAACACAGUCUAGGUUACCUCCCUGCUCAGGCUGGAUUGUCCCCUCCCAGAUUCCCGAGUAGUCUGUGCAGGUUUGCACUUCUAGUUCGUGGGCCUCGGGGACCUUCUUCAAGGGCACGGAGGAGCCAUUUAUUCUGAGAGGGCCUUUGGGGAAGGCGGAGAUGCCUCAGGAUGGCCUGACAUAAACGUGGGCCUGCCGAGCCCAUCAGAAAAGUCCCGUCUGCCUGGAAGUUGAUUUCAUGUGGACUUCGUUGAACGACCAGCUGAGGGCUCUGAUCUAGGAGCUCGUUUUCAGCCCUAGUCUGAGACGAGGGUAGGGCUCCAAGCGUGUUACUCAGUUCAGACCUUUUGGUGAGCAGCUUUUAGACGUUGUGUUUUAAGCCUUUAACGUUUUUAACUUCGUUUGGUGGGUCGUCUUGGCCAGAGAGUUCAUCUGUAGGCGGCCAGCCUGCUGGGGGUGGCCUCCCUGGGUAUAGCAAGGCUGGCCCUUGGGUCCUUCUGUCGGCCCCACACCUGAAGGGAGCCUCUCUGGCAGCCACAACAACGUGCCAGAACUUGGAGUCAUUUCCAGGCCAUUUUGGCGGGUGCGUCUCUGCUCUGACUAACGUGCUGGGAUAAGGGGUCCCCGUGGCCAUUGGACGUAAGCCAGCUUGCCGAGUCCUGCCUCGACUCCUCAGUACAACGAUGGCUGCCUGGAGGGGCUGGGGGCUGGCAGCUCGUCCUGGGGAGACGUUUGUAUAGUGUCGCCUGCGUUAGAGGUAUUUGAGCCGAGGGCCGUGUGGGGUUCCAUCUGCCACCGCCGGAAAGCCCAGAAGGAUGCUGUUCGAACUCUGCCGGCUCAGGCAGGGAGCCUCUUCGUGUGCACCGGGCUUUGGCCUUGGCAGAGGAGGACAGAAAAUGGGAGUGUUGGACCCCGCUACGACUGAGGCUCCUCAUGCUUAUUAGGGUCCUUCUUGGGGUCCUUGUGACUGCUGGUCUCUUCUCCACUCAUUUUAAUGUGUUUUUGCAGAUGAAUUUGAAGAGCAGCCACCCACGAGUGAGGCAGCUGUCCAUGGUGCCCAGGAGAGCUGGCUACUUGGGAAGGAAGGAAUGGUCUGGAAGCAGAGGCCUAGCAAUGUGCACAAGGACCUUUAAAGGAAGAAACUUCUGCCUCUUUCACAGCUUCCUCCCAAAGUCUUUUGUGUAAGAGGGCAAAUUCUCCUAGAUCGUGUCUUCUGCGGAGGAGUUCCCUUGAACCGCUUGCUAAUAACUUCUUCAGUGCCCAAGUCUGACAGUGUACUUUGGAAAGCCUCCCUAAACUUUGCCGGGGCAGUGAGUGAGUAAUAGGGGAGAAGACAGGCUCUUCUGCUGAAGGGCCUUUUCUCUAGGUCCUCUCGUUUUUUAUUUUUUUUAAUUCUGUGUGUAGUAAAAGGUCAAAAGUUAUUCCAGAUCUGGAAAUUUUAGUAGGUUACCUAUUUAUAAACCAAAACCAAACAAUCCAACAGCCCCCAACCCACCAGAAGCACCUCAGAGUUUUAUAUCAAAUAAAAUGGAGUAUAAUCUGAUGUGUAUAUUUACUUCUGUUUUUAUAAUGGGAAAUGUGCAGGUAAAAGCUAUUGUUACUAAGGGAAAAUUCACUAAUAAUCAUGACUAUUAUCUCCUUAACUAAGUAAAGCUAUUUUAAAAUUUCUUAAGCUCUCUUUAACUUAGAACAGUCCUGUUAGCAAAAUAUUUUUUACAUUUCCUGUAAUGACUAAAAUAUCGAUGGAUUAAGAUGACAAUUGUGUACCAUUACAAGUAUAUAAAAAAUUAUAAAAGGAAAAA